CAUGGCGCCGUCUCGGAAGUUCCAAUCCGCAGGCCGAGUGCCGCAGCAUCGACGCAGCAUCACAUGCUCCGCACAGCGCAAGUUCAAGAUGACCUGGAAGAGUCUUGGCACGGGCUUGGAGACGCAGCCAAUCACAGGCAAUGCAAUGCUGAUUUUGGAGCAUUCCCCACAUUCCAGGGCCCCGGCCCAGCCCAGCUUCCAAAGCCGAGGUCGUCCAACAACACGGGCAACAACCUGCCGAAUCAAGUCCAGUGACCCGCGGUCAAUUGGGGAGGAAUGCCCCCUGGUCCAGGUGAUGAUGGCCUGGAGGUUGCUGGGCCCGAGAUUUGAAUAAAAACCACAUGGUAGCCUUCCUCAGCCCAUUGUUCCCUGUUCUUCUUGUGUGAACCUCUCUUCCUCGUUGAUACCAGUUUCUUUGUUUAGGUUUCUCCCGUGUGUCUUGAUCUUUGCGACAGCGGCACCGCUUCUUGUUCCACCAUCCAUCUCUGUGAUACCCUCCCUUUUCUGUAUUUCGAACCCCUCAAAGAUCAACCAACAACCAUCAACAUGUCCUCGUCCGCCCUCGAGGUCCCCUCCAAGACCUUCACCCGCGCCGAGGUCGCCAAGCACAACACCGAAGAUAGCGUCUGGUUCGUCAUUGACACCGUUGUCUACGAUGUUUCCGAGUUCCUAGAUGCCCACCCCGGUGGUGAGGCUGUCCUCCGUCAGGUUGCUGGCACCGAUGCCACUGCCGCUUUCUACAACCUUCACAGACACGAGGUUCUCCAGAAGUACUCCGACCUUGCCAUCGGCACCAUCGAGGGCGAGAAGCAGUCCAUCAUCACCCCCCAAGCUGGCGAUCUUUCCACCGUCCCAUAUGCCGAGCCCCUCUGGCUCACCCCCCAGUUCAAGUCCCCCUACUUCAAGGACAGCCACCGCAAGCUCCAGAAGGCCAUGCGCAUCUUCACCGACAAGUACAUCACCCCCGAGGCUCUCGAGAAGGAGCGCUCCGGCGAGAUCGUCUCCCAGGAGCUUAUCGACCGCAUGUCCAAGGCUGGUGUCCUCCACAUGAGAAUGGGUCCCGGCAAGCACCUCCACGGUGUCAACCUCCUCGAUGGUGCCGUCGACGGCAAGGAGUUUGACUACUUCCACGAUAUGAUCUGCUCCCAGGAGGCUGUCCGCGCUGCCUGCCGCGGCUUUCAGGACGGCAACAUGGCCGGUAUGGUCAUUGGUCUCACCUGCGUUCUCAACUACGGCCACAAGAACCCCGCCCUCAAGGCCAAGGUCGAGGAGGAGUGCUUCUCUGGCAAGAAGAAGAUCUGCCUCGCCAUCACCGAAGCCUUUGCCGGCUCCGACGUUGCCGGCCUCCGCACCACCGCCAAGAAGACCCCCGACGGCAAGCACUACAUUGUCAACGGCACCAAGAAGUGGAUCACCAACGGUGUCUUCUCUGACUACUUCGUCACCGGUGUCAACACCGGCAAGGGCUUGUCGGUGCUCCUCAUCCCCCGCGGCGAGGGCGUUGAGACCAAGCCCAUCAAGACCUCGUACUCCCCCGCUGCCGGCACCGCCUACAUCACCUUUGACAACGUCAAGGUCCCUGUCGAGAACCUGUUGGGUGAGGAGAACAAGGGCAUCUAUGUCAUCCUCUCCAACUUCAACCACGAGCGGUGGACCAUGGCCUGCGCCACCAUCCGCUACAUGCGUCUCGUGACGGAGGAGUGCCUCAAGUGGGCUCACCAGAGAAUCGUCUUCAAGAAGAGGCUUAUCGACCAGCCCGUCAUUCGCCAGAAGCUCGCUAAGAUGAUUGCCCUUUGCGAGUCUCACCAGUCCUGGCUGGAGACCAUCACUUACCAAAUGUGCAACAUGUCCUACUCCCAACAAGCCAAGCACAUGGGCGGCCCCAUUGCCCUCCUCAAGAUGUCUUGCACCCGCGCCGCCCACGAGAUCGCCGACGAGGCCGUCCAGAUCUGGGGUGGUCGCGGUUUGACCCAGACCGGCAUGGGCCGCGUGAUUGAGAACUUCAACAGGACGUACAAGUUUGACUCCAUCCUGGGCGGUGCCGAGGAGGUUCUUGGUGAUUUGGGUGUCAGGCAGGCUAUGAAGUUUAUGCCCAAGGCUGUCUUGUAAAUUGUGGCGAGACAGAAAGCAAGAAAAGAAAACCAAAAUAGAAAAAAAAAUGGUUGGAAAAGGAUUGAAUACCUAGUCAAGGACAUGGGGCCGAUGUAAUGAGGGAUAGGAAGAGGUAAACAUAUUUUUUGUUAUCUGUUUUGGAAUAGCACAGAUUAGAGGUGUAAGAACGAAAUACAGAAGGGCCCUCAAGAGGCUUGAAUUUCAAGAUCUCCA